UCCUAAAAAAAAAAAAAAAAAAGAAGAAGAAGAAAAAAGAGAUAGAAAUGUAUAUGAUCAAAUGUGGCAUUUGACAUGUAUCAAAAAGUUAACCAUGUAAGCAGCCACGUAUCCAAACCAUUUCCCAUUCUAAAGCCCCAAAAAUCCUACUUCACUCCAUCUAUAAAUACUCACCCCCCUAAGCCCAAUUCUUUCAACAACACAUUUCCAUCUUUCUAUUCUCUUCUAACAACAACCCAAAACAACAACACUCUUCUCAACCUUCAAUCCAAAAUGUCCUCAAAUUUUACUGAAUCUGUUGAUGAUCAAGGUAGGCCCAAAAAACAAACACAAGCAAAACUAACACAAGCAACUUCACGAAAAGGCUGCAUGAGAGGCAAGGGCGGGCCGGAGAACGCGAGCUGCAAGUACAAAGGCGUGCGCCAGCGCACUUGGGGCAAAUGGGUCGCUGAAAUCCGUGAGCCCAAUCGAGGCGCACGCCUUUGGCUCGGCACAUUUGACAACUCAUAUGAUGCAGCCGUGGCCUAUGAUGCUGCGGCCCUUAAGCUUUAUGGGGCCGAAGCCAAGCUCAAUCUGCCUCAUCUCUACAACAAUCCUGCCCAAGCACAAGAAGAGAUCAACUCCAACUCCGGGCCAAUAACAAUCAAUCCGACUCCAGCUCCAGCUCCAGCUCCAGUGGUUUACAAUGUGGCCUCACCAUCAACUUGGAGUGUAGGAAAUGAUCCUUCACUUUAUUUCGACAAUGAUUAUGAUAUCAACAGUUUCGCUACUAGCGAUGAUCCAAUCUCCAUCGAUUUCAUGGGCCUCAUGGACACAACCGAUCAUGAAGAGUUUGCUGAGAAAAAUAACAAUCAGAUCAGCCAAGGACUCGGUGGAGAAAUGUGGACGGAUGAAAAAGUUAAUAAUCAGAUCAGCCAAGGACUCGGUGGAGAAAUGUGGACGGAUUUAAACAUGUUGCCCGAGAUUGACGACUCCUCCAUAUGGGAAGAAGCUGAAGCAACAACUUCAUUUCAAGAAGCUGUGAUCAAUGAUCCAGGAGUUAAUGGAUGCAACUUGGAUGGUGGAAUUAAUUUUCCUCCAUGGUGUUAAGUAAAUAUUUAGUCAUUAUUUUAUGUCUUUAAUUAACUAGCUUUUUAUGUAUAUGGUAAAAAAAAAAAGUAUAAAGAAAAUAGAUGCAUGCAUAUAUAUACUUGUAAAGGUAUUAGAGCAUGCAUGUGGAUAAGGCAUGUUUAAGUUUAUGUACGGGAAGAAGAGAAGCCACUGAAAGUGUGUAGUAAAUAAUGUGACGUGUACCAUCAUGUGUUGAGAAGCAGUAUGUAUAUGGACUGGAAAAAUGUU